CUGAAGCAGCUGGUUCUAACUUUCAGUUGGCCUAAUUCCAACCACCUCUUUGUCCAUUCUCACUUACAGUUUCAGUCUUGUUUUAGGCAAUUGAUGACACAUAACAUAACCUGAAAAAUAUUAGCUUUUACAAAUGGGGUCUGAAUAUGUGGAACUGGCAACUAAGUCAGGAAAGUUGAGGGGAUUAGUGAAAACAACAGCUUUGGAAAAGAAGACUUACCAAUCGUUUCAAGGAAUUCCGUACGCAAAACCUCCGAUUGGAGAGUUAAGAUUCAAGCCGCCUGUACCGUUUGGUCCGUGGGAAGGAGUCCGAGAUGCCUUGAAGGAAGGCAACGACUGUAUUCAGAAACAUAUGUUGUUCAACACACCUACUGGGGAUGAGGACUGUCUGUACCUCAACGUUUACACAACUCAGCAGGCUGGGGCGUCUGCCAAAAAGGCAGUCAUGGUGUGGAUCCACGGAGGUGGAUUCGCUCGAGGUUCUGGAUCUUCCGAGAUCUACGGACCGGAUUAUCUUCUAGAAGAGGACGUCGUCGUAGUCACUAUCAACUACCGUUGUGGAGUGUUUGGUUUCUUGUCUUUGGAGAACGAGGCUGUGCCCGGCAACAAUGGAUUGAGAGAUCAAACCUUAGCUCUACGCUGGGUCCAGGCGCACAUCGAGAGCUUCGGAGGAGAUCCUGGCAACGUUACGAUCUUCGGAGAGAGUGCAGGCGGCGCUUCGGUCCACUACCACAUACUCUCACCACUCUCUAAAGGACUGUUCCACAAGGCUAUUCUUCAGAGUGGUGCAUCGCUAUGCCAGUGGUCCUUCCAGGAAAAACCUGUGGAGAAAACUUUCCUAUUGGCCAAGAACCUCGGGUGUUCCUCCCAGGAUCCUGACAAAAUCCUGGAGUUUCUCAAGUCCAUCCCGGCUCUGGACCUAGUCAAAGCUCAAGACAACGAGUCACUACCUACGGACAAGGAGAAAAUCCAGAAGUUUGCUUUGCUGUUUCUUCCGUGCGUUGAGAAGCCAGGGACGUCUGCCGCUCCGUUCUUGCCCGACUAUCCUCGUAAACUCAUGGAACGAGGAGAAUUCAACAGAGUUCCUGUCAUCCUUGGUUCAACCGACAAAGAAGGACUGCUGGCGCUUGCGUUGAAAGAGGUGAAAUGCAAUUUGGUAAAUGAAGACUUGUCUCUGAUGAUUCCGACCGAUCUUGCCAUCAAUAAUCAAGCCGAGGCAGUCAACCUCGGCCAAGAGAUUCUUCAGUUCUAUACCAACUCUGACUCAUUCUCAUGGGACGUCGUGGCUGGAUAUAUUGAUUACAUCAGUGAUGUAGGAUUCACUAUAGGAUUGGAGAACUUGAGACAGUAUUUACUCAAGCACGAAGCGAAGCCAGUUUACUCCUAUCUCUUCACGUACACAUGUCUACGAGCAUUCUCCAACUUCUUGAUCCCUCUAGCGUACCCUCAACAGGGUACUAAAUAUGUCGGCUGUGGGGCGUCUCACGGAGACGAGCUGGUACACCUGUUCAAGACCAACAUGCCCCAAGUUCCAAUCCUUCCUCCACCCCCAGAAGAUCAAGCCUUCUUGAAGAAGUUUGUGAAAGCUUGGACUACCUUUGCAAAAACUGGAAACCCAAAUUGCGGGGAGCUUGGACUGACAUGGAAAGAAGACGGCCUUGAAGCCCCAAGUUUCCUCAAUCUUGGCAAGGAAAUAAAAUCAGUAGAUGGAAUAACAUUCUCAGAGAGAAAGGCAUUUUGGAAAAAUAUUUAUGCAAAAUACUCAUUGAAUUUCUAACUUGUUUACAGUACCUCAAUUUCAUUGCACCUAAAUCAAUGAUUCAUUAAUGUUCAUGUAAAAAUGAAUUAUUAAGGAAAUUGACAGGAAAGCAGGCUUACCUUUUAAUAAGUCCAUAGAGACACAUAAAAUACAUCACAAAAGUACAGUAGUACGUUUUGAAAGAGUGGUGGAUUUUGUUUACACUUCUUUUGCUUCUGAUUCAUUUUCUGCUUGAAGUUGGGUAAAGAAGACCUCAGCAGGUUCCUUUUUAUUGUGAAUCAUCUUCUUGAGUGAAAAUUUAAAAACGUACGUUUUCAUGUCCCUGGCAUUUUACUUCGUAGCUACUGGAUUUGUAGUUUAUUAUUAUGUGUUUUAAUAUUUUUUGGGAUGGGGGCAACAUGUUACACACAUUUAUUUGGUUUUAAAUAGGUUCUAGGUAUUUUUUUCGUAUUUUUAAAGUCUCGAAAUUCACGACCAUGACGUGUCCCUAGGGUACAUUUUCCAACUUUCAAACUGUUUUAAGACUAAUUAUUCAUGCAGCAAUAUAUAAAGCCAUAUUUUUAUGUCAUCAAUGGUUAUUAAACUUACAAAAAAGGAGCAUAUUAUAAUUUUAUUGUCAUUGCAAACUGACUACCAUGACAUAAUAAGUCUGUCCCUCGAUUUGGCGUCACGACCAUUUGGGAAAAUUUUUCAACUUUGGAGCACGACAGUGGCAAGCCUCGCGUUGAUGGAGUCAGUUGGUUUUAGAGACUAGUUCGGGGUGUACGUCAGGAUUGUAGUGAAGGUCGUUUCGAGUUGAAAGGAGGAAUUACAAGAUUAAUACAGGAAAGGUUGUGUUUUUUGUAAUUUUGGUGUGUCCAUGACCGUACAUAGUCAUUCGAUGAAGUAGACAUGGUGUUAAUUUUUGUUUAUAAGAUAUUUCAAUUGCUAGAUUAACCUAGAAGUCCACUUUGUAUCCUCGAACAUGAGGUGCAGAGCUACCGCCAGAACAGAGCCAAAUAACACGUAAUUUCACGACCAAAGUUUCACGACCAUCGCGGGUUUUUUCACGACCUAUCCAGCCUUAUGGAUUAUAGUGUGUUUGGUCGUGACAAUAACUUUAAUAUAAUUGUAAUUUGAACAGUUUAGUUCAAUUGAAACACAUAUUUUUAUUAUAACUAAUAGUAUAAUUAAAGGAUUGUUUAGAAAGAUUUAGAUUGUUUUAUAAAUUUCACGACCGUACCGCUUGUCCCUGACCAUCACGUUUAUGAUUUCUGUCAUAAAAAUUUCAAAAAUUAAAAUAUCGUCAUAUUUCAAUGUUUUAUACACAAAAGAAGCACGCCUCUAUGCAAACAUAACGAUUUUUCGGGUCUCAGGUAAGUUUUUUCGGAGUUAUACAAACUUAAAAAGAUUUUAUUGGCUUUUUUUCAAUUUUUUUGAGUUUUUUAUUUUUUUCUAGAAAGACCAAAUAUACUAAAAGCUCAGUGACCUUUUUAAUGUAUAAUGGUCAUAAAAGUAAAUUAGUUUAUAGCAAAACAUAGUUAUAAAAAUAAUAUUAACUAUUUUUAAUAUUCAUUUAAACGUCUGUUAUGGUCGUGACAGGAUUUUGUGUUUUUCCACUAAAGAUGCUCUUUUAAAAAAAAAACUACCAAAGAUAUUGCGUUACCAUGGACAUUUUAUGAAACUUCAAAUAUUAAUGAAAUCAAAAAAAUAAUAAAAGUUUUGAAAAAAGGGGAAAAAAUUUGCAAAGUGUGUUUCCUGAAAACGUACGUUUUUAAAUUUUCACCCUCUUCUUGUUCUCAACUAGGUUACCUUGAGGGCGCUUCCAAUGAGCCGGUCUAGUCCAGAAUCGGUGGCUAUCCAUCUUCAAGUAAUGAUAAUCACUCUCUCCAGGAGUGUGAAACAAAGUCUUCAUAACUUCAGUUCUUGUUGGGAAAUUUCCUUCAAAUUUCCUCCAUCUGUACGAAAUGUCCCAACAAGAACUGAAGUUAUGAAGACUUCUUUUUGAUUGAUAUCCAAGUUGUUCUCAUCAUUGGAGAGAUUGAUUUAUAUCAACAACUUGGAUAUCAAUCAAAAAGAAGAGAAGGAUAUUGAAUUGGUUUCUGUUGCCAAGCUAAGGAUGGCAUCUGAAGGAAAUUUCCCAACAAGAACUGAAGUUAUGAAGACUUUGGUUCACACUCCUGGAGAGAGUGAUUAUCAUUACUUGAAGAUGGAUAUCCACAGACUCUAGACUGGACCGGCUCAUUAGAAGCGCCCUCAAGGUAACCUAGUUGAGAACCAGAAGAAGAUGAUUAGCAAAAAAAGGAACCUGCUGAGAUCCUCUACACCCAACUUCAAGCAGAAAAUGAAUCAGAAGCAAAAGGAGUGUCAAAAAAAUCCACCACUCUUUCAAAACGUACUACUUUUGUGAUGUAUUAUAUGUGUAUGGACUUAUUUAAAGAUAAGCCUGCUUUCCUGUCAAUUUCCUUAAUAAUUCCUGGUGAAUGCCCUAUUUUUUUUAUCAGAUAAGCAUGUAAAAAUAAAGAUUUUUUAUUUAUGUUAAAAGUAUGUA